GGAACGAAGUGUCCCGUUUCCGCCGGGCCGGGCCGGGCUGGGCUGAGCUGAGCUGGGGCGCGUCCCGCGGCUGUGAAACGGGCGCUUGGGCCCGCCUCAGCCUGGCAUUGCCCUAGUGCUCCCAGGGGACGAGCACCAGAAGGCCAUGGGGGAGGCCAGGGGGGCGGCGGCGAGAGCUGGGGUGGCGGCGGGGCUCGUGCUGGGCGCUGGCGCGUGCUAUUGUGUUUACAGGCUGGCCAGGAGCAGGAGGGCGGGAGCCGCAGCCGGGACAAAAGGAGCCGCUAGCGCUAGGGAUGGGUCAGCCCCAGGGGGCAGUUUGCUGCCUCGGGUGUCCGGGCUUUCUGUCCUGUCCAGCCUUGCCUGGGGGGGACCCUCCAACCUCCAGUCAGACACUGAUCUUCCAAAAUCACCCAGUAACCUGGAUGCCCAUCAUCUACAGAAACUUAUUCAUUUGCUUGAGCUCACAGAUGAUCCGUUAAUUCAAGAACAAGCCUUGGUCACUCUGAGCAACAGUGCUGCCUUCUCUGUAAAUCAAGAUAUAAUUCGAAAUUUGGAUGGCCUUUCUGUUAUUGGAAAGAUGCUCUCAAAUUCCAUUCCCAAAGUUAAAGAAAAAGCACUAAACACACUUAAUAACUUGAGUAUGAAUGUUAAAAAUCAAGAAGAGAUAAAGGUAUACAUUUUACAAGUCUGUAAGGAGAUUGAGUUAUCACCUUUGAACUCUGAUCUGCAGCUAGCUGAACUUAGAUUAUUAACAAAUAUGUCUGUUACCAAUGACUACCACCAUAUGAUGACAAAUGCAAUUCCGUGCUUUCUUCAUUUGCUUUCAGAAGGAAAUGAAAGGACACAGAUUCAAGUUCUGAAAGUACUUGUGAACUUAUCUGCAAACCCAGCCAUGACAAGACAUCUUUUCAGUGCUCAAGCACCAUCAUUGCUUUCACUUUUUGACAACUGCAUAAACAAAGAGAUUCUACUUAGAGCCCUGAUGUUUGCUGCAAAUUUGAAUGAGAAUAUGAAAAAUGAAGAGGGCAUCAUUACCCAGGAUCAGUACAGUGAAGAUUCAGUUUUUUCUCUGCUCUGUGGGCAUUCUACCCAAUAUACUAAGAAACUGGUAUGUUUAUUGCAUCACCAUGAUACAGAAGUGAAAGAACAAGUUGCUAAAAUAAUAACACAACUAAGAGGAGAUACUAAGACCAGAUACUCUGGUAAAUUACAGUAAUAGAAAGUGUUCAUAUUCAAUGCUAAAAUGAAUUUCCUUUCUUGAAAGUGAAGUUUAACACACUGCUCUUAUUUUGCUGAGCACUAUUACAUGACUGUAAGCAAGACAGCUUACAAUGCAUUUAAUACACAGUGUGUAAGAGAUUCUCUUUCAGAGUAAUGUAAAACAAUAGUCUGUUUAGUACUGACAGUCUCCUACACAGAACUAGUGUGUGUACAUGAUAGAGGAAAGACGCUUUGGGGCAUGGAAAUAUUUCCAUUUCAAACUUACAGUAAGUUCUGAAACAGUGAGGUCAACUUUUAAAAAAGUGAACCUUAAAGUGACCUGUUAAUGUUGCAAACAGCAUUUUCAUUUAUCAUGCAGCGGUAAACAUUCACUCUAGGCUUGUAAUGUGUGAUAGAUUUUGAGCACUGAAUUUGUCACUUUAAGAAAGGUUAGGCCAUUUAAAUUUUAGUUAUGUAAUUCUAUUAACUUUACUAUACACUUGCAGGGAAAUACUGGAACAUCUAUUAAGUAAAAUGAAUCCCCACAUUAUUACUUGGAUGAAAGCAUAAUGAGAUUAGUCAAAUUAUAUAAACAGCUUUUGAAGGGAACAAGAAACAAAUUUAAUAAGUAGCUUAUAAGCAUUAUAUUACCCUUUUAAUUGCAAAGUGUAUCAACUCAAAAAACAAAUGCAGAUACUUUGAAUAUAGAAUGUAGAACAUGUAGUAGAAAAUAUCUUGUGCUGAAACAAGGCCACUAAAAAUCCCUGAGCAAAGAAUUAUAGUGGCACAGUUGUGUCACUAUAGUUAAGGUUGCAUCUUGACUUUUGUUUAAAGGUCAGCCUUUCUAUAUCCUUUAAAAUCAACAUGCUUAGUUGGAUUCCUCUGAAAUUUGGUGUGCCUUGGGCGGUGAAGGGCAUGGUUAUUGAUGUGGAGAUAUAAGCCCCAGAAAGUUACCAUUUUGAAAAAUGGUAUUUUUGGUUUUUUUUGCACAGAGCUAGGGUAAAACUGUUGAUGUGGGUCAAAAUAAUCUGUCUGAGUUUUACACAAGCUAGUGCCUGGCACCCACUAAGUCUUAGGGAGCCCAAAAUGAGUGGUAUUAAGAAUGUAUAUUUACAGUGCAAAUGCACUGACACAGAAAAACAUUUCUGCCCUUUUUAUAUGCUUUAUAGCUCAAUUCUUGAAAGUGCUCUAAAAUUAGAAGUGUUAUUCAAAUGGCUUUGAAAUUUGGUGUGCUCAUGGGGGCACAGGGUAGUGUUAGUGACCAUAACUUGGAGUCAUUUGACCAAGGGGUUCUUGAGUUACAGACCUCCCCUCCAAAAAAAUAACACUCCUUUUGCUGCCUUAUACUGUUAAACUGGGUGGUACUAAUGACUGGAUAACUCAGACCUCAUUAAGAUUGAUGGCUGUGCACUCCCCUUCAAUUAACAUAGCCAAGGAUAAGUAAAUCACAAGCCCCCACCUAAGACAAAAAAGAGGUUGCUACAGUUUGAGUCAUGGGUGGCAGGUUUGUUGUUGUUGUUUUUUUUUUUGGGUGGGGAGGGGGGAGUAGACAUGUGAAUGCUUCCUGGGAGGGAGUUAUAUGGGGAUGAGAGAGAGGUUGGGAGGCUCCAGUGAGGGAAGUGCAGCACCCCUGAUCUCUGCCAGUACACCCCAAUCUCCCUACACUCCACAACUCUGUCAAUGUAUCCCAGUGUAUGCACAAACUGCACGCAUCCAUCAUUUCAAUUAGUCUGUGAGCUCUUUGGAGCAGGGACUGUCGUAUAGUGGUGCAGGAGCACCAUUGUAGUUUAGGUUGUGUCACAACUUUUGUUUAAAGGUCAAACUUUCUAAGUCCUCUAAAAUUGAUAUGCUUAGUCAGAUUCCUCUGAAAUCUGGUGUGUCCCAGAAGACUGCAAAGUAGGGUUAGUGACCCAAAUGUGGGGCCAUUUGAGCUAGAGGAUGUAGAGAGAGGCCUGAAAAUAACAGGCCUGUUUCAAAAUUUUUUAGAUUUUUUGUUUGUUUUUUGUCACAGAGCGAGAGCCUGAAUUAUUGAUGUGAUGCAGAUCAAAAUAAUCUGUCUGAGUUUUACCCAAAGUAUUGCAUGGCACCUACUAAAUCUUUGAGACCCAAAUUGAGAAUGGUAUUUAAGAACAUGUUCACCUCUUCACUUGUGUAGAUGUGGUCUGGAAGGAUUGUAGUGAGCAUGCACCAAAACAGAAAAAAUGGGAGCGGGUUUCUAUGCAUCCACUUCAUGUUUGCCUCAGUCAUCCGAAUGUGCCACUGCCAUGGCCCUGGUGAACUACCCACCAUGGGUGGUUCCAGUCCAAAUCUUUGUACACCUGUAUAAUAAAGAUUUAAUAAUGCA